UGUGGCCAAUUUAGCUAAAUUUGUGAAAUUAACGUCCCCGUUCGCCCCAAUUUGUCCCAAACUCGUCCCCCCCCCUGGUAAAUAACAACAAGUGUCAAAACUAGUAACUAAUUGUUGUCAUUAACUGUCACUCUUCAUCUGUCACAACUGUGUCAUAGAAGCACAACAAACAAUUGUCACUCUAUAAAAUGCCAUCAAAAAUAUUCCGUGCUUCUUUAUAAUCCUUGUACUAAAUAUAUUUUUCUAAAUUGUUUCAGGCCCCAGUUGUCUUUCGUACAAAUUCUGGAAUAGUGUAUCAUGGGAAACCUUAGCUGCUUGAGAUUCAAGUAAAGUAAUGGCAGGAAUCGAGUGUUCUGGAUUCACGUUCUACAAUGAUUUCGACUCAGCCAAUCUUGCCAAAGUGGCGUUCGUACCUACGAAUGAAUCGGUUAUCAGCGUUCCCAAUAACUCGGCAAAGGCGCCCCCCGAAAUACCGGACGCUGAGUUUAACCUGUGGACGAGGCCUGACUGCUGCGGGACCGAGUUCGAAAAUGGGAACAGGACUUGGUUUUAUUUUGGAGUGAAAGCCCACUCACCAUCUCUCCUAGUGAGACUAAACAUCGUGGACCUCAACCGUCAAGGAAAAAUGUACAGCCAAGGUAUGGCCCCCGUUUACCGCGUCGUACCGGGCAAACCGCAAUGGGAACGUAUACGUGAUAAACCAAUUCACAACACUGUCGACGAUGUAUUUACGCUUAGUUUUAAAUUUAAAACACCAGAAAAUGUUCAUAGUGUAACGUACUUUGCUUUUACAUACCCAUUUUCCUACUCAGAUUUACAAAAGAUGCUAUCAAAUAUAGAUCUAAGAUUCGAGCAUUAUAUUGCCACCUACGAGGAUGACAUAUACUAUACCAAAGAAGUGGUGUGUCGAUCGCUUGGAGGGAGAGACGUGAAUUUAUUGACGAUUUCUUCGUAUCAUGGAAUUACUCCAGAAGCGGAGGUUAGGUUGAAGAAUCUCUUUCCGGACAAGAAUACGGCGAGGCCGUUCAAGUUCGUAGGGAAGAAAGUGAUCUUUGUGUCUGCGCGGGUGCACCCAGGGGAAACCCCCUCGACUUUUGUUUUCAACGGCUUCUUGACCCUCCUUCUCACCCGAGACGACCCCGUGGCCAUAAUGCUGAGGCGGUUGUACGUGUUCAAGAUGGUCCCUUUUCUGAACCCCGACGGGGUCGCUAUGGGUCAUUAUCGCACGGAUACCAGAGGCAUCAACUUGAACCGCCUCUAUCUCAGUCCUCUGUUGUCCCAGCACCCGCCGGUCUAUGCAGCUAGAGCGCUCAUCAGAUACUAUCACUACGGGCACGAGAAAGAAGACACGAUGGAGUCGAGCUCCGAGCACGAUUUGAAACACUCGGAUAAUAUACAGGGUGAUAACAAUAUUAGCAUGAAAGUGUCGAAUAUGAGUCUGGAAGAGAACAACAGCAACAGAAGUGUCUGGUGCAUGAAAUGUAAGACGUUUACUAUCAAACUGGACGACGCGAUCUCAGGGCUCUCGAAUAUGUCGCCUAAGUCUAACGUAGAUAAAUCUUUUUAUUCAGGCAACGCUUGCAGAAAGUGUAGGAGUGUGAACGACGUCCGCGAUUUUGUGGAGGAGAUUAAGAUUAAUAACGAGAAUACGCAAGGCGACAUCAACUCGAACGAGUCGGGGUUGUUUUUGUAUCUGGAUCUGCACGGGCACGCCUCGAAGAAGGGGAUUUUUAUGUACGGGAAUCACUUCGAGGAUUUGGAGAGGAAUGUGGAGUGUAUGUUGCUGCCGAAGUUGAUGAGCAUCAAUAACCAUAAUUUUCAUUUCACUGCCUGCAAUUUUACCGAGCGGAAUAUGUAUCUCAGGGAUAAAAGAGACGGCAUGAGUAGAGAAGGCUCAGGCCGUGUGGCCGUCCUCAAACUAACAGGAUUAACCAAAAGUUACACUCUGGAGUGUAACUACAACACAGGAAGAAUCGUCAACGUUCUCCCACCCACUAUUAAAGAACAGCAAAACAAGGUCCACACAAUUCUAGUGCCUCCAAAAUUCACCCCCCAGAUUUUCGAAGAGGUUGGCAAAUCCCUCGGUGCCUCGAUCCUCGACCUGACCGGCCAGAACCCCUGCACUCGCAUCCCCAACUCCGAGUUUCAUUCCAUCUCUGGUUUAAAAGACUGGUUACGCAUAAACUGUGCCAACGAAAUGGAAGAACCUCGCGGCCCCUCCAAAGUAAAACUGAAAAACCUGGCAGGCCUGCAUAAUCAGGGCAAAACAGCUCAUGGUUUAAUCAUGAAGUCCAGACCCGUAACAGUGCCCAAGAGAUUAGCAAACCGAAACAGACCCAACACAGUUCCUAUCGAACGCAAAGAAAACAUGGCGAUGACCGCGAGCACCCAGCCGAGCUGCUCGUACUCCGGCGGCGACCACGGGAAGUCCACCUUCCGCCUGAACAAAAGCCUGAAGCCCAAGUCGAAAAAAGACUUCGCCCACAGGCUGAAGCGCAGCGUUAGCGUGGACAAGAAGAUCUGCAGGGGGAAAAUGCGCAGCGCCUCGGCUGCGGCCGCCAAAGGGGCGAAGAAGCAGAGCGCCAAAGAGAGCGAGCAGGAGCGGGUGAAGCUGCGGGAGAUCUGCAUCAUUAAGUGCAACGAGAGCAAGGCGAAGGAGGUGAAGAGCGAGACGGUGUCGUGGAAGCCGAGCUGCAGCUCGCAGGUGUUCUCCAAGAAGAGUAAGAUGCAGGAGGUGGCGUCGCUGAUGACCACCAAGAGCAACGUGGAGGCGGGGCCGAGCAGGCCCACGUUUAUCGUUCACAACUUCGCGAAGAAUUCGUCGUUCACCAAGUGUAAGUUCAAAAAGCACACGCUGAGGAGGCUGACGAAGACGUCGGCGGAGGCCGUCAAGGCCGAGAAGGGGAAAAAGCGGAAAAAACUCAAGUCGAAGUAACUGGUUGGAUCUUUUUGUAAAUUGUUAGUUUAUUGAUAAAGUGAUAUUUUUGUGAUUUGUAAUAUUUUGGUUAAAAUUUAUAUACUAUAUCAAAUACAAUACUUUAGGAUGGAUUGAUGGAAAUAAAAGAGCAAAAUUUACUAUUGCAAGAUUCUCAAA